AUAAAUAUAUUAAUAAAACAACACAUGCAUGUCCUCCAACCGCAAUAAUCAUAUUCUAACGUAAAUUCAUUUCUUACUACAUUCUAUUCAUUCCAAAUGAAUAUAGCAGUUGUCAACAGCGCCACCGUGACGGAUUUCGUCGACGACGCAACAAAUUUCGAUAGUUUCGUGAACGAAUGGUUUGCAAUGAUAGACACCAAUGGCGACGGUAACCUUUCGCGUGAUGAAAUCCGUGAUGGAUUUGGGAUGUUUAUGCCUUUAGGUGCUCAUUCACAGCCAAAACAAGAGAUGGAAAGUGUAUUAGAAUUAAUAUUCACAAGAUUUGAUGAAGAUAAAAAUGAUUUACUCGAUCUAAACGAGUUUAAAUCAUUAAUGACCGAGAUUAUGUAUGCUGUCGCUCGUGGCAUUGGUGGUUCUCCUGUCAUUGUUGCUCUUGAAAAUGGAAGUUUGCUUAUGAAGGCUGUUCAACGUGAAUCGGCUACACAAUCAUAUCCUUCAUGAAUUUAUUAUAUACUUUCUUUUGAUGUCUUCAUUUUUGUCAUGUAAGACAUAUUCUUUAAGCAUAUAUAUGUUGUACUUGGUUCGAUCUAAUUAAUUUGUGUCUAUGAAAAA